AUGCCCCCAAAGAAAUCCAGCUCUGCAGAAGGGGUGGUGAAGGGGAAGCUCAAGAGGAGACCUGCAAGGUUGUCAGCAACACCUGUGCCUGCCAAAGUGCAGAUGAAGCAGGAACUAUCUUCCAACCCCAAAGUGCGAGCCAAAGAGAAAGCAGGAGCAGGGGGAGAGUGGGCUGAAGCAGCUCGCCAAGAAACAUUUACCUGCCAAAAAGGGAGCCCCCACAACGAGGAGAGGCCAGCCUCUGCUCAAGUAGGAGAAAAAGAAGCCAAGUCGGAUUAA